CAGCACAUUGAAAGGGAUUCUUCAACUGGGCAAUAAGAGAUAAAUUCAAGAAUCGACGAGCAGAGAUCUUCAAAGAAUUGAGCUUCUUUUCUGCCCAAAAAUAUCAUUUUUGCUUGUAUACUGGCCAUUAAUUAUGGGCAAAACAAAAGUGGACAACCAAAUCUGGACUUAGAGACAGAGGGAGUACUCUAGAUGGCUUCUAACAUUGUUGCAUGUGGCAGAACAAACAGUGAUUUCAAAGGCUGUUGCAGAGGAAGAUGAAAUAAGAUUUGCAGAAGGCUGAAAUCCCAAAAGACGAGAGCAGUUGACACCCGAUAUAGUCCAUUUCAGCUAUGAAUUCCUUUUUCUCAGAUUUGCAGUCGAAAAUUGGAAAGUCUAUGGAGACAAACUUUAAAAGGCUGAGAGGUGAUGGAGAUGCGUUAAUGGAAUCAAUGGUCUUAGAUGUUGAUCUGGAGAAGCAAAUGCAACCGUGGAAAGAUGAUCCUACAUGGACUGAUCAUCCUCCACACAUAGAGGUGACCGUACCUAAAGGUUCUCUAUGCAACCUGAACUUGAAAGUCGACGUUGGAUUGCCACCGGAUGCGGUUUUCAACAUUGUAACUGACCCUGAAAAUAAGAAGGUUUUCAAAAACAUUCAGAAGGUGAUAUCAAGGAAGGUAUUGGUUGAUGAAGGAUCAAGGCAGGUCGUGGAACUGGAACAAGCUGCAUUGUGGAAAUUCCUUUGGUGGUCGGGAACGAUAUCAGUCCAUGUCUUAGUAGACCAGAAUAGAGAAGAUCGCACGGUAAUUCUCUAUUAUUCGUGCAUUUGGGUAUAUAUAUAUAUAAAGGGAAAUAAUAUAACCCAAGGAUGACACCAAGGUUGACAACCAUGCCAGACACUAAUUGUCUGUGAGACACUAGCGAUGUCAAUCUUCAUAUCUUCUAUAGUGUGGACACCAAAAGAGCAUUUGUCUUACAAGUAGUUCAUGCAAUUUUUUUCAUUCUUCUGUUAGAUGAAAUUCAAGCAAGUGAAAAGUGGGUUCAUGAAAAAAUUUGAGGGUUGUUGGAGAGUGGAACCCUUACUUGUUGAUGAAGAACUAUGCCAUCCAUUUUGAAGAAAAUAAUAAGAGGGAAAAUAUUCUGUAUAUUGAAUUGUUCUGCUAAGUACAAGGAGUUUCUCCUUUAUUUAUAGGAGAGGAUAAAGACCAAAACACAAAAGGAAUUCUAUUCCUACAAGGAAACAAAUCACUAAAUAUGAACAAGGAAACAAAUCAAGAGCAAUCCCACUU